AUGGAAACGCUUCAAAAUACGUGUAUACAAGUGCUGGCGAAUUGUAUUAAAGAAUGUUAUGCAAAACUAAUCGAUGGCUUGAGAAUUGGUGAAGAAUUUAAAAUUCCUUCGGAGCUGAGAAACAGGAUCUUCGAGAUUCUUACCAAGACACCUCUUCGACUCUCAUCUGACACUGCGCAUGAGAUUUCGAAAGUUUUCAACGUAACGAAAGUGAUACUGACAUCUUCAAUUAUUAACGAUGCUUCGAUUGAGCUUUUGCAAUCAUUCAAUUUGGUAGAGCUGGAGCUGAAAUUAUUAGAUUUGAAGAAGGAGGAGAAUACAGGAGAAGAGGAGAUUGAUGAUGAGGAGUAUUUGUCAGAUGAUGAGGAGUAUUCGUUUGACAUCAUCGCUACUCUCGACUCGAUUUUGAAUUCAAAAAGCCGCAAGAGCCUACGCGUUCUAAAAAUUUAUGGAUAUAAAACCAAAUUCAAUGGUGAAUGGAUUGAGCAGAUAGCAAAAGUACUAGGUCCAGUUCUCCAACAUCUCGACAUCAACUCUUAUCGCUUAUCUUGGGGACAAUCCAAACCUAUCUUCAAUCGUUUUUCAAACCUCACAGAACUCAAUGCGUCUCACACCCACAUCUUAUUGGCUGAAGGGAUAUCUCAAUUGAAAAAUCUGAAAAAUCUGACGCUUGCUGGCGUAAAACUAGGCCUUGAUGAUUUCAAAGAACUCUUCAAACUGAGAAAACUGCAUUUUUUGAAUCUGUCCAACUUACAUUAUGACCCGUAUAUGGGUUUUAUCAAGUAUUCCUUUCAAGAAGAGUCACCUCAUCCCGAGUUAAAAGUUUUGGACAUUUCAGCAUGUGGAUACGAUUUGCGUGAAAUAGCGAAAUUGAUUGAAGUUUAUCCGAAAUUAGAAACUAUUGGAUUGAUUGGUUACGAACUCCCUCCCAAUACCAACACUGAGAUCCCAGGUGUCAAACUUCAUUUGAAUACUACUGUCGAGCAAUGUUUGGACUCUCUCGACUAUUACCUCAACAACUGGGGAUUUGAACAUGAAACUAUCGUCGAGAUAAUCAGAAAAAUAUAUCGGGAGUGCAUAUGGACUACUUUUCUUUUUCCUGAACAGUUGAAGAUCCAGUGUCUCGACAAAAUAAUUGAAGCACUAGAUCAUGGACCGAGAUUCACAAACAUUCUUGUACCACUUCUUGCCUUGACCAACUUAAUUGACGAGAACCGUCUUCAAGGAAUCACAGCUUUUCAACGUCACUCUCUAGCCAAAUACCUAUUGGGACAGGAACCACCUGAGGAACGGCCUCUUCUUUAUUUCACUUUGUUCCAGCGGUGCUUUACUAGCGACGCCUUUCUUGCUACCCGUCACAUCAAUUACAGUAUGGUCUGUAACAAAACGAUCGAUUUUGUUCUUCGGGAGGUCUCAGAUUGCACCUACCAUAUACUAGAUGUCCUUGAAACGGGCGUAUCGAUAUUAAGCAGAUGUUUGUGCAAGAUGUCUAGAAGUGAUGAGAAUUUUCAAACGAAAAGAUUUGAUUGCAUGUUUAACUACAUGAUGACUGCCUCUAACCAACGCUCCCGUCAAGCCGCUGUAGCAAUCCUCGUUCAUGUCUUCUCAUUCUCCACUAAUCGAAACAUGACUGGAAAUCAAAAAUCCCAACUGAUGACUGAAAUCAUGUCCUGA